AUAACUUUAUCAAUUCAAGGUCAGAACAUUUUGUAUUUUAAUCAGUCAGUAGGCCCCCAACAGCCGCUCCGGUUAUAGAUAGUGUGGUCGUCAUAAUCUUAAAAAUAUAAUUCACAUAAUGAUGGCCUCUGCUAUGCUGAAGCUGUUGAAAUCAGAAUCUCAAGUUCUGCUUCGGAGAAACUAUAGCAGCUCUGCUCCCACAACUAAGCUGUUCAUUGAUGGACAGUAUGUGGACUCCAAGACCACCAACUGGAUUGAGCUGACUAACCCGGCCACAAAUGAAGUUAUUGGAAGAGUCCCAGAGACAACAAAGGAGGAAUUAAACUCUGCAUUGGAAGCAGCGAAGAACGCCUACAAAUCAUGGAGCCAAAGCACUAUUAUGACUCGCCAACAGCUUAUGUUCAAAUUCGCUCGUCUCCUCCGCGAGAACCAGAGCAAAUUGGCGGCGAAGAUCACGGAGGAACAAGGCAAGACCACGGCUGACGCUGAGGGAGACGUGCUUCGCGGCAUUCAGUUGGUAGAGCACUGCUGCAGCAUCACUAGCCUGCAGCUCGGCGACUGCAUCCAGAACAUCGCUAAGGACAUGGACACGCACAGCUACAAGGUUCCACUUGGCGUCGUCGCUGGUGUCGCCGCCUUCAACUUCCCCGUAAUGAUUCCACUGUGGAUGUUCCCGGCCGCGCUGGUGACCGGCAACACCUGCCUCGUCAAGCCUUCGGAGCAGGACCCCGGGGCCACGCUCGCUAUGAUGGAGCUGCUGACCGAAGCUGGUGCACCGCCUGGUGUUGUCAAUGUUGUUCACGGCACGCAUGACACAGUGAACUUCUUCUGCGACCACCCCGACAUCAAGGCUGUCUCAUUCGUGGGCGGAGAUGGCGCCGGCAAGCACAUCUACACCAGGGCUUCAGCCGCUGGCAAACGCGUGCAGAGCAACAUGGGCGCCAAGAACCACGGCGUGAUAAUGCCGGACGCCAACAAAGAGCACACGCUCAACCAGCUCGCGGGCGCGGCCUUCGGCGCCGCCGGCCAGCGCUGCAUGGCGCUCAGCACUGCCGUGUUCGUGGGUGAGGCGAAGGAAUGGAUCCCCGACCUCGUGACGCGCGCGAAGGCGCUGAAAGUGAACGCUGGUCAUGUCCCCGGCACCGACGUGGGGCCCGUGAUCUCGCCGCGUGCUAAGGACAGGAUCCACAGGCUGGUCGAGUCUGGAGUGAAGGCCGGCGCCAAGCUCGUGCUCGAUGGGCGCAACGUCAAGGUCCCCGGUUUCGAGAAGGGCAACUUCGUCGGCCCCACCAUCCUCACCGACGUCACCCCAGCCAUGGAGUGCUACAAGGAGGAAAUCUUCGGCCCCGUCCUAGUCUGCCUAUUCGUCGACACCCUCGACGAAGCCAUCCAAAUGAUCAACAACAACCCCUACGGAAACGGAACGGCUGUCUUCACCACCAACGGAGCGACCGCCCGCAAGUUCUCCUCAGAAAUUGAUGUUGGCCAAGUCGGAGUCAAUGUCCCCAUCCCUGUCCCACUAUCUAUGUUCUCUUUCUCCGGCACUCGCGGCAGCUUCCUGGGAACCAACCACUUCUGCGGCAAACAGGGACUCGACUUCUACACCGAACUGAAGACAGUCGUUUCAUACUGGAGACAGAGCGAUGUGUCGCACACGAAAGCUGCCGUAUCUAUGCCUACUCAGCAGUAAAUAAGUCUAAAUUACUCACGUUUUUGAAGUAUUUUGUUUCGGGGUUAUUGCCUAUUUAGUUUUUGUAAUAAAUUAGAUGUAAGAAAUCGUGCAUUUACUGUUAUCAUUGUCUUCCAUACUAGAAUGAGUAUGUAUUUUAUUAGCAAGGGUUCAGUAAGCAAAUGGAUUUGUAUAUAUAUGGUUUUUAAAGGUUAUUAUUUAUAAGAGUACAAACAGUAUAAGUAAUAAAUGUACCUUUUAUAUCAGUCAUAUUAGGACCACAGUCCGCCCUUUGUUGAACUCUUGUGUUGUUUUCACUUGUUAUAUUGGCACCUAUUUUUUGCUCAUUUAUAAAUAUAUAUUUUUAAUAUUA